AUGCCUCGAAGUUACCUUGUUUCCAGCGUCGCUUAUGCGCUUUCAGUGCUAUCGUGCAUACCCGCUGCUCGGGCGGACUAUAUUUACCACGGCAAUUACGUCACAUACUGCGGCCAAUACGAUGCCGUGAACACCACCUCGGGUCUUUAUGAUAUCAUCAAUAACGCCUGGGGCGACGACGGAUCGGGGCUGACUUGCACUACCACUGACCUCGGAGAAAGCACCGAUACCUUUGCUGUUUUCAACUCGACCUGGCGUUGGUUCGAGACACCAACUGAAGUCCAUUCCUACCCAGAUGCGCUCUUGAACACUGAGCUAUUCCCCUUGGCUUUCCAGGACCUUACCUCAUUAAAGUUGGCCGCAGACUGGGCCAUCGUUCCUUCCCCCUCCGAUGAGACGGCAACAGACGAAGCAACCCUGGCCAGCCUCGACGUGGUGGCGAAUGUAGCCGCUGACCUAUUCCUGGACGAAGAUGCCAGCACCGCGUCCAACGCCUCUACCGCCGCCUAUGAGGUCAUGAUCUGGCAGGCUGCUUACGGCAACUGCGACCCCAUCGGCUAUGAUCCGACCUCCACCACCGCACCCACGCAAGAGCUGGACGGUGUCACCUACACAUUGUACCAGGGGGCGAAUGCCAAUGGUCAAACCGUCUUUACCUGGUACCCCGAUCGCAACUUGUCGAGCAUCGACGUCGACUAUUUCCCGCUGCUCGAAGCCCUGCGAAAUGAAAGCUACAUCCCUACCGCCGCUUAUGUGGGACGCUAUCAGUGGGGCUCGGAAACCAAGCACUCCGCGGAAAACCAGAACAUCACUUUCAUGGUAAAUACUCUUACUAUGGAUGUCAAUUGA